CAGACAACAAGAGUAGACACAACAGUUUAAUAUAGUUGUAAUAUCCAUUAGAUAUUUCUAAUAUGAAUAUUAAACUACUCUGCUUGUUUAUAUUUUCGUUACCAAAUAAUAUUGCGGGAUUCUUCCCCUUGAAAGCGGGAAGUUUUGAACAGUCAGGCAAAAUCGGCAAAGGUUGCACGUUUGGAGAUCAACACCAUUCUGUUGGGUCGUCUUGGCAUCCUAACCUUGGCUUUCCAUUCGGUGUUAUGUAUUGUAUCAGAUGCGACUGUGUUAAAAUUCAUACCGAUAACCGAAAUGGAAAAGAAAUAACAAAAGUGGAAUGUCAUGAUGUAAGGAAAGAUUGUCCUGAGGUUACUUGCAAAGGAGCUAAAGUACAAAGAGGAGAUUGCUGCAAAACCUGUCCCGAAGAAGAACAAGACGAUCAAAGUCAAGCAAUGUCACAAUCGGAUCGCCUGAAAUCAGAAUCUAGUUUUUUUGAGAAAACUUUGAAUGACGAAGAAACUGAAUCGGAUGAAAGUUCACCAACAAAGAAGUAUGUUGCACUUUUGACUACGAAUGAAGAUCAACUCACUGGGUAUCUUGCAAGAGCGACUUUUUCACUUCAUCGAGGAAACUUGCAUUAUUCAGUUCACCAUUCCAAAUAUUCAAGACCGCGUUUGGUCCAACUCAUCAACAACGCAGGCGAUGUGCUUUUCACCCACGAAACAAAAAUAAAUAACGAGUUUCGCCCUAUCGUUUGUGGAGUAUGGAGAAAUUUGCCUAAAAACAUAUUGCGUUCACUUGACGAAGGAUCUCUUUCUUUGAAACUGACAUUAAAAAGCGCAAGAAUUUCGCUUAACAAUACACAAUCCCACCACAGACAAAAAACGGAAGCCUCAAUUGAGAACGAGUACGCGAUUGGUUCAAUCCAGGCACAUCGAGCCCUAUAUUCAGAAACGUUCAGUUCCUUGCUAAGUUCAGAGGCAGAAGGAAGUGGCGGAGCAAUAGUCAUGUUAACAAUGAGUAGGAACUUCAAAAGUAUCAACUACGCAGUGCUAUUCAGAAACAUUGCUUUGGAUAGUGGACGACGUCGAAAAACAGAACAGACAGUUCAUAUCAGCGUGGAACUACGCAACCAGAAUGGAGACGUAUUGAGAAAAUCUGAAAAGAAAGUACCAGCUUCGCAAACUGAAUAUGCAGACGUGUGGAACACAAAUUCCGACAUGCUACGCUUACUUGGCAAAGGUGCUCUUUAUUUGGUCAUAGAAGGGCAAUCUGGAAGGAGAGGAACAAAAAGCCGUUUCACGGGGAACAUCACUACUGUAGCAACUUGUGAUUUAAUUCAAGCAGUCAUGUCCGGAAGCAACUGCGAUCCACCAACGGACACUGGUGCUGUUGGAUCCGCCAUUAUCCACAUCAAUCCAGACAAUUCAGUAUCUUAUGAUGUCACACUAUCUGGAAUCUCAAGCCCUGUAAAGUCACUACAGAUGACGGCAUUUUAUCGCAAACGAAGUCGGGUGAUAACAGAUUUGACUGCCCAAUACCGCGAUGGGAAAGCAGUAGGGCUUCUCAAAGAAAUAUCUGCAAAAGAGCUGCAUCUUCUUUUGAACAACGAAGCAAGGAUUGAGGUAUCUACCGAAGAACAAACAAAGUGCGAACUUCGCGGGAACAUUGCCUUGCUGUUAUAUAGCGGUCAUCUAGCACGUUACCAAGGCUUGCCUAUUCAUCUGUACGGAUCACUCGUUGUACCGCCGGUACAAACAGGCGCUGGUGGUCACGCUUGGGUUCACCUGGAUGAGGAGUGUCGUUUGCAUUAUGAAAUUGUUGUAUCAGGUCUUAAUAAAGAUAUUGAUCCAUCAGUGGCCGCUCAUUUACACGGACUUGCUGAAAUUGCGGGACUGGAACCAGCGCAUAAGAAACUGUUGAAGGGAUUUUAUGGAACUGAGGCCAGAGGAAUUUUGAAGGACAUUCCCGACGAAUUAUACCAGAUCAUGAACAAUGGUUCGGCAUUUUUGCAGGUUGCAACUAAGAGGAAUCCGUCCGGCGAAAUAAGAGGAAGGUUCCGUAUUCCAAACAAAUGUGUGGGAACUUCUGUGGGUUCUACAGCUGAUCAAGAACUUCUUUCUGGUCACUUGAAACAUGAUACUGCCGUUCAUGACGAAUCGAUACCGCAACGCGUGGUUUCUGCCAAAGAGCGAAUAGAAGCUGAUGCAAAAUCGUGCCACUUUGAAGGAAGAUGGCAUAGGCAUAAUUCCAAUUGGUCGCCUCUAUAUGAUGAGAAAUGCACAACUUGUAUUUGCGAGUUUGGUAACGUGCUCUGCAAUCCAGUCGUCUGUCCGUCUCUAUCCUGUCGCCGUCCAGUUAUUGUUGAAAACGAAUGUUGCCCAGUUUGCGAUGACGGAUUUUCAAGUUAUAUGGGGAAGCCCGAAGAGGACUCAUAUACGUUUGAUUCUCUAUUCCGACAUUCCAACACGAAGUUUCAAACUGAAAAACCAAGACAAGAGAAAUCAUACGUGAAAAACAUAGGAGGAUGCCAACAGGACGGAGAUCCCAGAAUUCACUCCAGAGGGUCAUCUUGGAAUCCAUUUAUUCGACCUUUCGGCCACGUCAAAUGUGUUACAUGUACAUGCAGUCAUGAUGAUAAAGUAACUUGCGAAAAAGUCACGUGUCCAUCAACUCCAUGUGCAAACCCGAUUCGUAAACAGUCAGGGGAUUGCUGUAAAGUUUGUCCAGGUCCUCUCAAGUCGCAACGCGGUUUCCCUUUUUCGAGAGAUUCGGGCUGGAUGCAGGACGGGACGAGUGAAGGAAUGUGUUCAUUUGGACGCGAACUUUAUUCGGUUGGGUCAACUUGGAGGCCAAAUGUACACCUUGUCGGAAAAAUAAGCUGCCUUACAUGCACGUGCGAGAGACACCCGGAAAAGGGCGUAACAAGAAAAUGCGUUCGGAAGUGUCAGAAGACUUCGAACGAUGCCAGAGAAUCUUUUUUAAAUUUAUCGUCUUUCAGAAGGUGAAUAACGAAUUUUACAAGAUUUCCCAGCGAAUCAUUGACGUCGGAAUCACAUGAAGUUAUUACGAUUCAAAUGUAAUUGAGCUCACAAGUGUUUACCAAACCGCUCGCCUGAGCAGGCGUCGACGGGGUACUCACUCCAUAAACUGUCCCGGGUUGCUUACGAUUCUUGGUACAAAUGAAUGGACAUUUGUAGAAUCUGAAACUGUGUGAAAUUUCACUGAAUCAUUAGGAGUCGUCACUAAUAGUAGCUCACUCAAGUUUGUUUAGAUUCUGACAAUUACAAACUAAUUCAGAGAACACAUAAAAACUUACUUGCAGUAUCCCUUUUGGGCCAUACUUCUGUUCUCUCGGUUGUAAUGGACACAAAAAAACAGUACUAGUUAUGUAUAUGUGAUUUAAACUUUUAUAGAAGUUGUUAUUACCUUUAACCUUUUGAUGUUUAUUGACUGAUUUAAUUUGCGGUUUCUCCGUUACUUUUGUAUCUGUUAAAUCUUCCGCACACGGUAUGUAACAUUUUACUUCUACCGUGUUUUUAAAAAUAUUAGCAUCGUUUGUUCACCUUUGUAUGCUAUAACAAUGACGUUUAUACCAGAGCGUGA